ACAAACGAUAUGUUGUUUUAAUGAAAAUAUAUUUAACAAUGUGUUUUUAUUGUUUAUAAUUAAAAUUGUUGAAAACUAAACGAGAAAUUUAAGAAAGUAUACGUUCUCUUUUAUUUACAUUUGUGAAGGUUAGGUAAAUAGUACAUAUAUACGUAACAGUGUAAGGAGAAAACCCGACUGCGGCGCAACGACUUGCGGCUGCUAGUUGCAGUGUGUCGAUAAAAAAGCUAAGUGAUUGAUUGUUUGUUGCUUAUGUACUUAUUGUACAGCUAUAUAUAAACAGUGCAGUUGCAGAUUAUUAUUUAAGGUUGUGUACCUGCUUGUUUUAGACAUGUUUCAAACUUUGAGUAUAUUCGAUACACAACUUUACGCGGACUCUGUGGAAUGGUGUCCCAUAGAACCAUUCAAAGACUUGUUCGUAUGUGGAACAUAUCAACUGAUAGAAAAUACAGAAAGUAUUGCAAAAAAAGAAUCAAAAUCAAGUAAACGUUUAGGCAGAAUAUAUUUGUUUCAAGUUGUUAAAGAUGGUAGUAUGAAAUUAUUGCAACAAUUAGAAACAGAAGGAGUAUUGGAUAUGAAAUGGGCACACGUUACGUGUAAUCAAAAAAUAUUGUUAGGUGUCGUUAAUUCGUUAGGAUAUUUGCAAAUUUAUCAAUUACGAAAUGGAGACGACGAAAUGUUAAAAUUAAUGACGGAAUUGAAAGUAAACGAUCAGAAGGAAGAAAUUCUAGCUUUAUCCCUCGACUGGUCUACAGGAAAAUAUUCUUGCGAAAAUAAUUCCAUAGUUAAAAUAAUAGUUAGCGAUUCUACUGGUGACAUAACUUUAUUCGAGUUACAUAACGACCAAAUAAAAAAUCUAACGUCGUGGUUGUCUCACGAAUACGAAGCAUGGAUAUCUGCUUUCGAUUAUUGGAAUGUAAACAUAAUAUACACGGGUGGAGAUGAUUGCAAAUUUCAACGAUUUGAUAUAAGAACAGAAAAGAAGUUUACCAUGAGCAAUAUGAUUCAUACAGCCGGUGUUACUAGUAUUCACAGCAAUGCUGAUAAAGAACAUAUAUUAGCAUCAGGAAGUUACGACGAAAAAUUACGUUUAUGGGAUACGAGAAAUUUCAAGAGACCGAUCUCAGAAACGAAUUUGCAUGGCGGUAUUUGGCGUUUAAAAUGGGAUCCUUUUGCGCGUCGAUUUCUAUUGGCUGCUUGUAUGUACGGUGGAUUUAAAGUAAUCGAUUGUCAGAAUACAGAGACGCCUUCCAUCGUUGACGAAUAUAAUAAUCAUGAAAGUUUAUCUUACGGAUGCGAUUGGUCAUUCCUUUCGCGUCAAUGUAUCUCAGAACGAGCUAUAUUUCAAACGAACGAGCAAAACGUAGGAUUAGUGAAUAUAAACAACGAUAAAGAAGAGUAAAGAAACAAAAUAUUAAUAUCCUUGUGUGCGAGGAGUUGGAGAAAAACAGCUAUAUCGAUUAGUUCGAUAAGAAGCUGUUAGAUGGCAGUGUGGCGGAGGCGCG